CCUUUGCCAGCUGGACAGGCAGGUACAUCCCAGACACCGCGUUCCUGCCGCUGCAAAGGUGGUGGUCCUUCCGUUGUCAUUGCACUCUAUAGUGCUCCUUCCUGUUGCUCAACAUCGUGCAUUGCACCUUCCUUCAACCACCAUCAAUUUCUGUUCAUGCACACACAAGCGUCCAAUUUUGUCCUGCGCUCUUCCAUCCAUGGUUUGAGGUCACCCACCACCUUCAUCAAGUCAAUCAUGCUAGGAAGGGCCAUCAGAAAGGAUGCCUCGCCCCCUCUGACGGAGAGGAAAUAUUCCCCUCUGCAGGCGAAUGCGUCAGCCAUCAACGCCAACCAUAGAUCGACCCUCCCGGCCAAACGUAAGCUCGAUCGCAGUCUCAGCACCACCAGUAGUAGUCUUGCAUCACUACAUCAGCAACCCUUCGACGAGAACUCUAGCCAGAGCAUGAUUGAUCUCACUUCCCCGUCACCUGAAAAGCCUACCAAAGUCGCAUAUCCCCGUCUUCCCCAGCCGGAACCUGUAUCUUAUCCAUCUCUACCUCCAAACCCACCCAAAGAGCAUUCGAAAGUACCGCCUGGCAGUGCAGAAGUGCCCUGGUCUUCCUCUCCGCCAUCCCACUUUGAGGCUCCGAGCGUCAGACCUCAACAGAAUCCAAGUCGGCCACAGGAAGCUUUCCGGCCUACCAAAAAACGAACCCUCCCAGCCUCUUUUUCGUCUUCGGCGUUGGAGCCCGUCAGGUAUGCAGCAGAUGCGCCCACCGGGUGGACAAAGGCUCAGAGUAAAAGAGAUUACGUUGUUGGUGGUGGGAAGGAAUUUGUAUCAACUACCGGUGUCCAAAGUCGUCAACACACAGGGCAAUUUGACCAAUAUGCGGCACCCCCACAGGCAGUCAUGUCCAAGAGUAAGCCCAGCGGCAGCUCGGCCAUGAAUGAAAUGCUUGAAAAGGCCACGUCAACACGUCCAAAUAAGGCCACGUCCAUGUCUAGGAUGGACAAAUCAGUCAAAUCAUUUUUACAAGCCACAGAUGCGCAAAAGACUGCCAAUCCAAGACUGGCUGAUGCGUUCCUCAGUGAUGAACAAAGAGCAGUUGUCAGGGCCGUCAUGGAUGAAGGAAAAAGUGUCUUCUUCACAGGCUCGGCCGGUACUGGUAAAUCGGUUCUAAUGAGAGCCAUCAUAGCCCAGCUCAAACACAAGUACAGAACGGAACCCGAUCGAAUAGCUAUUACGGCAUCGACAGGAUUGGCAUCUUGUAUUCUUGAGGGUCAAACACUUCACAGCUGGUCUGGGAUCGGCUUAGGCAAGGAGCCAGCACCAGAAUUGGUCAAAAAGAUCAAGCGAAACACGAAAUCUCGGCAGAGAUGGUUGAGAACUAAAGUCCUGAUCAUCGAUGAGAUCUCAAUGGUGGACGGGCUCUUGUUUGAUAAACUGGAACAGAUCGCGCGAACUCUCAGGAAUAAUGGUCGACCGUUUGGUGGGAUCCAGCUCAUCUUCACUGGCGACUUUUUCCAGCUCCCACCUGUACCAGACCGCAAUACCGAAGCCAAGUUCGUAUUCGACGCAGUCACAUGGAACACGUGCAUUCAGCACACCAUUCUUUUAACUCACGUCUUUCGACAGAAAGAUGAGCAAUUUGCAACCAUGUUGAAUGAAAUGCGACUAGGCAAGAUGAGUGCUGAGACGAUCAGAGAGUUCAAGAAGCUGUCUCGACCGUUGAACUUUCAGGAUGAACUAGAAGCUACUGAACUAUAUCCUCGUCGUGAAGAAGUCGAAAAUGCGAACCAGAAUCGGAUGCGCAAGCUGUCGGGUCAAGUCAUGACGUACGAUGCGGUCGACUCAGGUGUGUUGGAUCUCAAGAUGCGACAGGGCCUCUUAUCGAAUUUCAUUGCCCCCUCAACACUCGAACUCAAGAAGGGUUCUCAAGUGAUGCUGAUCAAGAACAUUGACACUCAACUCGUGAAUGGAUCUCUGGGCAUUGUUCAAUCAUUCAUGGACGAGGGGACCUUCUUCACCUACCGCGACGAUGAGCCGACUUUUCUCCUGGCUCAAGACGAAGGCACGUCCGAGGCCGAUCGGGCGGCAGCGCAGGAGAAGAUUAAAGCAGCACGGUCGAAACUUGGAGCCCCAGGGACGACUCGAACUUGGCCAAUGGUCAGGUUCAAUCUGCCAGACGGCACUUCUCGAGCAGUUCUCUGUACACCCGACGAAUGGAAGACAGAGGCACAAAAUGGUGAGGUGCUUGCCAAACGAGUCCAGGUGCCUUUGAUCCUGGCAUGGGCGUUGUCGAUCCACAAGGCUCAAGGACAAACACUUAAUCGAGUCAAAGUGGACUUGAGGAAGGUGUUUGAGAAGGGUCAGGCAUAUGUCGCAUUGAGCAGAGCCACUUCAAAAGAGGGAUUACAAGUAUUAGGGUUUGACGAACGCAAGGUCAUGGUGCACAGCCGAGUCCUACACUUUUACUCGAAGCUUAGUGGGCAUGAGACAUUGUUAGCACGCAAACCCAGUGUGACGACGGUGGCUCGGAGUGGGAAACAGGCAUCCCAAGCAGUGGUUGUUGAUGACUUUGAUGACGAUGAUUUGUCGUACGAGGAGAUUUUGGCUGCCGAGCAAGAGGCAUUGAGGGCUUCGCGAGCAUGAUUGAGAGGGAGCCGAGUGGUGAUGGAUCGAAGUGUUGUACAAGACACUAGGCAUUAGAGCUGUAGGAUUAGAAGUCGGCAUAUGAAUGGUUAUUGCUGUUGUCGAGAUCAAGAUGGUCAUUGCAGACAAUAAUC